UAGUAGCCUAGGCAUCUCCGUAGCGGGUAAUCAUUUGCAACAGAGCAGCGCACGUGGAGAGCAAACUGCUGCACCGAAUAAACACGCAUCUGUGUUGACAUUUCAGCACAGCGUUCAUAUUCGCACAGUUCGGAUACAUUUAUGUACACUUUCUGAUUAUUUGCACCAGAGCAAAUGUUACCAGAGGUAUUUUCGACAAGUUUUUCAAAAGACUCGUAAGGGAUAAAAGUCAAGCCGCCCCAAAAGACUGUUGAGCAUGUGCUUGGUACAACACUUACACUUUUAAAUUGGGACCCCUCUCCCGCGAAUUUAAAAGUUGAGCCAUUGUAAGUAUGGUGGAUAAAGGUCCUCUAUUGACUUCUGCGAUCAUUUUUUAUCUGUCCAUCGGGGCAGCAAUAUUCCAAGUUCUCGAGGAACCGAAUUGGAAACUUGCUGCAAAACAGUACAAUGCACAAAGGGAUAAAAUACUAGAAGACUACCCCUGUCUCACCAAAGAUGACUUGGACAAGAUUUUGGAGGUGGUGUCGGAUGCUGCCGGACAAGGUGUCACCAUCACUGGCAGCAAGACUUUCAACAACUGGAACUGGCCCAAUGCUGUCAUCUUUGCUGCUACUGUCAUCACAACUAUAGGUUAUGGCAACAUUGCCCCCAAAACGUCAGCAGGACGGGUGUUCUGCAUCUUCUAUGGGCUCUUCGGGGUGCCACUCUGUCUUACCUGGAUCAGUGAGCUGGGGAAGUUCUUUGGAGGCAGGGCCAAGCACCUGGGUCAGUACCUUACCAAGAGAGGGGUUUCACUGCGAAAGGCCCAGUUCACUUGCACAGCCAUCUUUGUCCUUUGGGGUGUACUGGUCCAUCUGGUCAUCCCCCCAUUUGUAUUUAUGUCUCAAGAGGGUUGGACCUAUGUGGAGGGCUUGUACUUUUCCUUUGUCACCUUGACCACGAUUGGCUUUGGUGACCUUGUAGCAGGCGUGGAUCCAAAUGCAGACUACCCCACUCUGUACCGUUACUUUGUGGAGGUGUGGAUUUACCUGGGUCUGGCCUGGCUCUCCCUGUUUUUCAACUGGAAGGUGCGCAUGGUUGUGGAGGCCCACAAGGCUCUGAAGAAACGACGCAAGCGGCGCAAGCUCUCCCUUAACGAGCUGAGGAACUACAAGGAGAGCCACAAGCCCCUCUAUCUGCCGCCCACCGCCAACGACGUCAACAUCUUCAGCUUCUUGUCCAAGAAGCAAGAAGGCUACAACGACCUCAUCAAACAGAUUGGUGUCAAGAAAGAUGGUGGCGGGGACCACUGUGAUGGUAGUGAUGCCAGUAACAAGGCCAAGGAGGCGAACCGCUCCCAGAGCUGCAUCGACACGGUUACCUGCAACGGCAACACUAUUCUCAGCCUGGACCGCUCACCACGGCAGAAGCGGCGCUACAGCUUCAGUGACCGCGUCACAGUGGCCUUCUCAAAGUCCAAGAACUACCUCCUGGGCUCGGAGAACGGGAUGCUGCUCACAGAGGACCAUGGUGAGGGUGAUUUGGACGGGGACCAGGAGAGGAUGUACGAGAACCAACUUGACAAAGAGGUGGGCCAGGAGAGCGGAGGUGGCAGCCUGGGCGGUGGUGGUUGCGGUAUGGGUGGUCGACGGCUGUGGGACUCCAAAGAGUACCAGUCCCUGAUCUUCCAGAAUGCGAACAUCACUUUUAUUGACGAGGAGAACGUCCUCAACAACAACCUGGAGGAUGAGGACGAUGAUGCUAAAGCCAAGCUGUCAAUCACCACGUGCGACGAAAAUGUAGAGUCGGAGACUGACUCCAAAGAGGAGCAGGGCUCUGAAUCAGAAGAGUCCGUGUUCACCAGUGAUGGAUCAGAACAUGACCACUCUUAUGAGAAGCUUGUGGAGGAAUAUUCAAAGGAGGACAACACAGAGUCCUGAGGAACUGAACUGGUCUUGACUGAACUAAACUUAAAAUAAUCCCUCAUUUGUCAUCGCUAUGACAAAAACAUUUUUUUACAAUUUAAGGCAUAGCCACAUUCUCGUUGAACUUGAUCUAAUGAAGGAGAAAUAUUUUAAUAUUCUGUUAAUAUCAAAGACUGUGAAAUGAACAUUACAGGUUUUAUGUCUAUCACUCUGGUGCAUUUUUUCAGAUGUAAGUGGUAUUUUGCCCGUGUCUUAUGUUCAAAAGUCUUUCAUGCAAUUUUUUUCUCAAAUACCAUGAGAACAUUUUGCUUAGUCACCAAUACAUCAGAUAACAGGCUCACCAUUUAGUCAUUUUAACUAACGUUUAAUCCGAUAGCAGAAAAUACAUUAUACAAUUUUCAAAACUGAUCUUUUUGAAGUGCUGAAUCGAAGGAAUAAUAGAUCGUAUUGAAGAAUACUCGCUGAUGAAGGAUGACAAUGGACAAUGUAGUAACUAGGCACUAUACACUUUUGUUUCAGGAGUCUUCAGUUUUGAGCAUGUUAAUUCGGUUAUAGUUGAAUUAAGAAAUUACAAGAUAAUCAUAUAAAAAGUCAUGAAAAGCAGAUACUUGGAGUGGACAAGUGACUGUGAAUUUGUUUGUAAAUACACUUAGUUUUGAAACAGCCAUUUUGAUUAAAUGUUUAGAUUUUUGUGCUAAGAAUUGUGAAAGUGUAAAAGAUGCUUUUGAAAAUUGCACCAGAGUGAUUGAAAAAGACGAACAGUCUUCCCUCAAACGAUCAAAUAAUGUGUCUAUAUUAAACAAUGAGUUUAUGAACUUAUUAACUCCUUCUGGUUAUAGACUAAAUGGAGUGACACCUUAUGGACUUAUAGAUAAAGUUGUCCUACAUUAAUUCACUACUGUUUUCAGAAGAUAUGGUCGUCUAACAUUUGUUUGAAACAAGAUUGAGUUUUUCAAUCAAUUUGAGAUGUUAAUAUGAAAUAGCAAGGGUGAAUACAUUUUUCAGAGGAUUGCUCCUUACUUCUUUGAUUUAUAUUCACCAUAUUGGUGUUUUUUUGUGAUAUUUAUACAAUGAAGGAAAAUGCAGCCCUUUUGUUAAAGGGGCAAUCCACAGUUGCUACAUACAUUUUUGGACUUAUACAUUAUUGAUAUACACUGAGUGUACAGAACAUUAGGAACACCUUCCUAAUUUUGAGUUGCACCCCUUUUCGCUCUCAGAA